AUGAACUUGAAACCACUCGUAUUUAGGGGAGCUGUCGACCCUGCCAACGACAUUCGACUAAAAGGAGUCGGUUAUGACAAAUUGACGACAGUGAAGAAAACGUAUAUAUCAUGGAAUUCAAUGGCCAUCGCGAAUCCUUUUGCAACUCUUUUCUGUCAAUACAAUCCCAAAUGUCAAAAGCUGGAUAUUAUUGUUGUGUUUGACACCUCUCAAAGUGUGGUUGAACCAUUCAUCAGGAACUACGCGAAUUUCUCAGUGCAGUUCAUUUCCCAGUACACCCUUACCGGUGCAGUAGAUGGCGACAACACCCGAACAGGAAUCAUCUCAUUCAGUUCGGACGUAAAAACGGUACGUGACCUCGGAGAGCGAUCACUUGACGAUUUCACAACGGCUGUGAAGGGAAUUCAUUACACGGGCGGAACAACAAAUACACUCGCAGCAAUGAAAGCCGGACGCGAUAUGUUCAAGCAGGGUGGUGGCACAACUCACGGUAGAACGAUGGUGUUCCUAUCGGACGGACAGCCCUAUCCGUUGACACCCGACACAUGGACGGAAAUCAUAAGCGUGGGGAGCGAACUGAAACAAAUGGGCGUCGACAUUUUCUUCGUUGGAGAUGGAAACGGUUAUCCUGACGACACUAGAAAGAUUGGAAUGCGAGGAGGGCUUUUGAUAAGUCUUGGCCAGCGGAGACAGUUUACGAUGGUCGAGCGGGAAGCGAGUGGGCGGAGACAGCCAACCGUAAUCAUUUCCGUUGAGCAUAUCGUCCUCCACCCUGCUAGAAUGGAUAGGUAA